UUAAAUGUUUAGUAGUUUUCGAGGAGCCAACCAACAAAGAAGUGGAAAAAAGGGCUCAAAAAAUAUAUAAAAAAUUUUCAACAUCCUUUUUGUGUUAAUUUUCUGCUAAUUAGCAAGCCAUCAAGUGCCUUUUUUUUGCGAAACAUUGAAAUUCAUUCAACACCAGCCCGAAGAUGGGUGCGAUGUUUAGAAGCGAUGAAAUGACCCUGUGUCAGCUGUUUAUUCAGCCAGAGGCAGCAUAUCAUACUGUUGCUGAGCUUGGUGAAAUUGGUGUUGCACAAUUUCGUGAUCUUAAUCCCGAGCUUAAUGCUUUUCAACGUAAGUUUAUUGCCGAAGUGAGACGAUGCGAUGAGAUGGAGCGAAAAGUGAAUUACAUUAAGAAGGAGCUUAUCAAGGAUGAAAUGGAAGUUCGUGAAUUGAGCGGAGACUUACCACCCGUUCCAAAUCCCCGUGAAUUUAUCGAUCUCGAGGCGCUAUUUGAAAAGACGGAAAAUGAAAUUUUAGAAUUGUCUGAAAAUUUCGCACAGUUGUUGCAAAACUUCCAAGAGCUUACGGAACUCCGCUAUGUACUCGAGAGGACACAAUCCUUUUUCUCUGAGCAAGCAGCCUCGACAAAUUUAGAGGGAAUAAAAAUGGAAGAUGUAGGAGAAACACAACAACUUGGAUUUGUGGCUGGCGUUAUUGAACGAGAAAGGAUUUUGGGUUUUGAGAGAAUUUUGUGGCGCAUCUCCCGUGGAAAUGUUUUCUUGCGACAAGCGGAUAUAGAAAAGCCAUUUACUGAUCCGAAAACGGGCAAGGAAGUCUACAAGAAUGUUUUUGUGGCUUUCUUCCAAGGCGAGCAAUUGAAAACACGUGUCAGGAAAGUUUGUACAGGAUAUCAUGCUUCACUUUAUCCAUGCCCAAACAAUUAUGAUGAACGUGAAGAUAUGUUGAAAGGUGUCUUAGUUCGACUCCAAGACUUGAACAUGGUCAUCAAUCAAACAAAAGAUCAACGUCAACGUGUGCUUGUAAGUGUCUCUAAGGACCUUCCAAAAUGGAUCAUAAUUGUGAAGAAAAUCAAGGCUAUUUAUCAUACAAUGAACUUAUUCAACAUGGAUGUGUCAAGAAAAUGUUUGAUUGGUGAAUGCUGGAUUCCAACAAGUGACAUGCAAUUGGUUCAGAAGUCAUUACAAGAUGGAUCUACGGCUGUCGGUUCUACAGUUCCAUCUUUUAUGAAUGUUAUCUCGACAGAUGAGGAACCGCCAACAUUUAAUCGUGUAAAUCGCUUUACAAGAGGCUUCCAGAACUUGAUUGAUGCUUACGGUGUUGCCAACUAUCGUGAAGCUAAUCCAGCACUGACUUCAAUUAUCACUUUCCCAUUCUUAUUUGCUGUUAUGUUCGGUGAUGUUGGACAUGGAUUUAUUUUGUUCUUAUUCGCAUUGUUUUUGGUCGUUAAGGAGAAGAAGUUUAUGGCUGAUCGAUCAAAAGGUGAAAUUUUCAACAUUUUCUUCGGCGGUCGCUACAUCAUCUUACUUAUGGGAAUGUUCUCGAUCUAUACUGGAUUCAUCUACAAUGAUGUGUUCUCAAAGACUAUGAAUAUUUUUGGAUCGGCAUGGCAAAACAACUAUAACACCAGUACAAUCAUGACUAACGUGCAAUUGCAAUUGAAUCCAUCUGAAGACUUUUUGAAGACUGGAGAAACUUACUGGUUCGGUAUUGACCCAACAUGGAUGUUAGCCACAAACAAAAUCAUCUUUUUGAACUCCUUUAAGAUGAAGUUCUCAAUCAUUAUUGGUAUCAUUCACAUGUCACUUGGUGUCUUCAUGUCAGCUGUUAAUUAUAUCCAUUUCAAAAAAUACAGCUCACUCUUUUUGGAAUUCUUGCCACAACUUCUCUUCCUCGUCCUUCUCUUCGCUUACUUGUGCUUCAUGAUGGUAUGGAAGUGGCUUGUCUUCUCUCCAAAAAGUGAACCUCCAUGGUCUCCAGGAUGUGCUCCUUCUGUAUUGAUUUACUUCAUCAAUAUGUUGCUUCAAGGAGAAAAUAAAUUCCAAGAAGGAUGUCAAGAGUACAUGUAUGAAGGACAGGGAAUGUUACAAAAUAUUUUUGUUAUAACUGGAGUUAUUUGCGUUCCAUGGAUGUUGAUCGGUAAACCAUUAUAUAUAGCAUGCACACGAGGCAAGGGAGGUCAUGGUGGUGGACAUGGAGGACAUGAUGACGAACCAAUGAGUGAAAUUUGGAUUCAUCAAGGCAUUCACACAAUUGAAUAUGUCCUAAGUACUGUAUCACAUACAGCUUCUUAUCUUCGAUUAUGGGCUUUGUCGCUUGCUCAUGCACAACUUUCUGAAGUCUUAUGGUCCAUGGUGUUUUCAUUUGGUUUGAAAUCCGAAGGUUAUCUUGGAGCUGCCAUGAUUUUCGUCAUUUUCCCAUGCUGGGCUAUGGGGACAUUAGCAAUUCUCGUUGGUAUGGAAGGUCUGUCAGCUUUCCUUCACACCCUCAGAUUGCAUUGGGUUGAAUUGAUGUCUAAGUUCUACACUGGUACUGGUCAGCUCUUCCAUCCAUUUGAUUUCGAUCAAAUCGUUAGUGAACAGGAUGAAUAAUGGAUUUUAAUUCCAAAUGUAGUCAAUCAGAGAUAAAAGCAUCUCUGUAGAUUAAAAUGAAUAAUGUAAUGGAUUAAAUAUCAUACCUACAAAUGUAAUAAAAUGUCAACAAUAUUGCAACAAUAAAUACAUACUUAAUCCCAUUGGAAAAGUUAAUGCACCGUUCAAAAAAAAUAUCGCUUUUUGAU